GAGAGAUCACAGCACAAGAAGGCCUUCCUGUCCAGUGCAAAACUGCAAACAGGUGACCCAUGGAUAUAUAAAAAUCACUUGCUAUAGUUGCCACACACCUUCUCAAUCUCAAGCGGCACCUCUCUCUCUCUCUCUCUCUCUCUCUCUCUCUCUCUCUCUCUCGGAGCAGAGGGUGUCAGUGAGUGUACAGAGGGCAUGUACGCCAUGGCAAGCGCCGGCGGCAAGGAGGAGCCUGGCCUGUUCGUGAAGCAGGGGAGCAAGCUCCACUCCAAGAUGCUCUCCAAGGAGGCGGCGGCGCAGCUCGCCGUGCCGUCGUUCCGGGUGUACUACUCCGUGGCCUCGGCGGGCGCGGUGCCGUUCCUGUGGGAGUCGCAGCCGGGCACGCCCAAGAACGACUCGCCCUCCGCGGCGGCGCUCCCGCCGCUCACCCCGCCGCCGUCCUACUACGCCGCGGGCCGGGGCGGCGCCGGCGGCCGGUCCAGGAGGCGCCGCCCGGGGCUCAUCGGCGCCAUCCUCCCCAGGAUCGCCCUCCUCCGGAGGCCCGGCCGGACGGCGCCGUGCUCUUCCUGGUCCUCCUCCUCCUGGUCGUCGUCGAGCUCGAACACGUCGUCGAUGUCGCCCGUGUUCACCGUGCUGUCGUCGCCAGCCGCGGGGGGUUCCCGCGGCCACCACCGCCGCGCGUUCUCGGCCGGCGGCGACGAGGACUCGGAGGCCGCGCCACGGUGCUUCUGGACGGACCGCGACUGCUGCGACAAGGGAGUGGUCAAGGGGUGCGGCGUCGCGGGGGCCGUCAGGAACGCUCUCGCCACGGUCGUCGGCGGCAAGCCCGGCCGCCGAGCCACCGCAGCAUAGAGGGAGGCUUCAUAAUAUGGCUAAAGUUGAGGGUGUGCUUUGCAUUUUGCUGCGGCAUGUGGACCUACUCUAUGUGAUCUGUGGUAGUAGUAAACGUGCCAUGCCAAAAUUAUUCGUGCAUGAUAUGGAACAUAUAGCAGUAUGUACUUCGUGUAUGCAUAUAUAUAUAUAUGUGUGUAUGAAACCGUAUAUAUACGUGUAUAUAUACGGUCCUGUGUAGUCUGGUCCAGCAAAUAUGUGUGCUUGUCCCAAAGUUGUUGAGUGUAUCACUACAGAAACGGUAGUGAUAAGAGUGUUAGAUCUAAAAGAUGGUACUGAAUAACGUCUUUGAAUACCCCUUCCCAUUAUCA